AUGCGGCUAUUAUGUUAUGCGUGGGCGGUAAAGGAUCGGAAAGGGUAUACCCAACAACAACUUGAUGAGGUCCGCAUUGAAUCUGCUGCACGACUUGGAAAUGCAAAUAUCCCAGCUGCACGGAGCUUGGAUUUGGACAGCAGGGUGCCUCUUGCUACAAGGGGCAGAGGCCGGCGAGGAGUCCCUGUUGGCUCUGUAACAGAGCUAGAGCCAGAAGCAGAAGCAGGGAUGGAAGAACGUUCUGGAUGUCCAACUGGUGGGACCGAGAUAGAUUCUAGCAUGGGAACUACUACUGCUGCAACCCCUGCAUCCAAGGUUGCAAUUCUGUCUGGUUCGAAGAGAAAGAACAAGAGUAUGGUAUGGGAUCACUUCACGAAGCUGCUGAACCCUGAUGGUACAAAGAUGUUGAGGCCAAAGGCGAAAUGCAACUACUGCCCGCAGACUUACAUGGUGCACUCCAAGUCCAACAGCAUAAGCUCAAUGAGAAACCGCAUGCUUUAUCAGUGUAAGAAAAACCCACUUUACCUUCCAGCCAAAAAGCAGAAAAACUUAAUGUUUGAGUCUGGGGAAAGCUAA